AAUCACCCCCAUACCAUUGUGUCGUUGCGCGCUUCAUGAGCAAAAGUUAAUUUUUGGGGUGUAGAUUUGUGGGGGCUCACCGGAUAUCUCGUAACUAAAUCCCCUCAAAAAGUGUGUCUCCGCAUUGUAGAAUUCAUGUACUUUUAAAAACCGGUGAAAUUUCCCAUUUCCGGGGUGGUUUUCAACGCGUAAAUCGGCCUGAAAAUCGAAGGGACGCGGCCAUUUCUGGGAUCGCUGCGAAGCGGCAGACAUUUUUCUCCGUCGCCGCGGAAAAUUUUUCACUCACCUCAUUAACCAUUUUUCCGGGACUUUUGCAUUAUAUUCGGGCUGUUGGGGUACUUUGGUGUGUUCUGGGGUGCCUCCAAUGUUGGGGGUUGGUGCAGAAAUAGAGGGCAAGUGCUGAAAAAACGCCGCCGAAAAAGCAUCACGGGCGUGCUCCGGAAAACCAUUUCCCGGUGUCACAUCGUCGUGGAAAUGCCUAAAUGCACGAGGACAGGAAGAUAGGAGCCCCCAGGAGUGUUGCAUGUGAAGAACACCCCCUCGCCCCCACCGGGCACGAAAACACUUCGGGCAGCCCGAGCUGUGCGUGAGAAUGCGUAGAUGUGCUCUCCCGGAAGGGUCGCAGACUUGCGAGUGAGAGUGUGAGGGGAAAUAUGGAUGAAAUGUGCUUUGCUUUUCUGGCUGCAAAGAUUCCCCACCGUCACAGGCGCGCCAAAUGGCUGAGAAAAAGUGACAACAAAGUCUCCGAAAAGGCAUUCCGGAAUGAUGUUUCAUUGUUGCUUCCCACCAUGUGAAGCAAUAUUUUCCAACAUCGCUCCCUUUUUUGCCCUUUGUGCCCCCACCGCGUUUACCCUUAAACCCCCAGCCCCCCAUCUCUGCAAAUCACCCUACAUUUUCAUCGUCAUUCCUCGGUGCAAAAAAUCAUCUUCAUCCGGAUUUUGGACUUUUACGGAAGCGCGUGGAGGCGCUCUUGGAAGAAGAAUGUUGGCUGGUGGUGGUUGAUUCACUGUGGAGACGACAAAAUAAGCUGAAGACGACGCAGGCAGGCGACACGGAGAAGCACAUGUAAUGCAAUUGAGUGAUCACAUCAGCGCGGUGUUGCGUUGCUAACAGAGAAAAGAGAGUGAGAGAGGUAUUUUUCCCGUCAAUUGCGUUUUCUCAGGCAAAAAUCCGCCAUUUUGGGGCACCCUUUUUCGUAUCUGCGUGCAGAUUGCCAGAGUUUUGCUUUUCUAUUUAAAAACAAACAAACAAAAAAAAAAUAGAGACCUACUAAAAACCUCGCUGUGUGGAAGAGAAUCACCGCGAGAAGAGCUCUUGAAUGGGGUUACUACUGGUGAGGAAUUGCAGUGCCACAGGGUGAGGGCGAGGGUGUGUUUUGUAUGUUCAACUUUUUUUUUUGAUUUGCUGUGAAGCCCAAGAGAAGCUUUAAAUUGUGAGCUGUGCUCGCGAAAAAAAAGCGCGCAAAAAAAACGAAACGAGAGUGAGAGAGAGAGAGAGAGAAAGGAGAGAACGUGCUCCGCAAAAAAAAAUGCCCAAAUAUAUGACUCACCACAAUACAAAUCAAAGUGGCGGUAAAUUCAGUGAAUAUCGACCAAAUGGGGAUGAUGACGAUCAGCUAGACAUGAAUAUUGAGAAGAGUGUUGCCAUAUCAUCAUCAUCGUCAGUUAUUCCCACCGCCAUUUCAGCAGCAACAUCCGAUUCUGCCUCACCAUGCGCCGGCAGUACAAAGUCUACAAAGGCACCAAAUACGGGGACAAAUCAGCUACGGAUCAGUUCACAUUUACUGGACCAUGGCUACGGAUCCACCCUCCAACCGCCGCAAUUUAUGCGCGGCAAUACAGAUCAAUAUAUCACCAAUUAUUACAGGCAAACGAAGCGUCGUCAUACAACAUCGACGCCGGGUCCACCGUUGAAACAGGCGAAAACGGAUAAAUUGGCAGAAUCGAAGAAGCGAUAUUCGGAAGGCGCAUGUUCACCGGUGUGUCGGUACGAUACAUCACUGGGUUUGCUUACGAGGAAGUUUAUGGAGCUCCUUCAGACAUCCCCCGAUGGUGUUGUGGACCUCAAUGUGGCAUCGGAUAAGUUAAAAGUGCAAAAGCGUCGAAUUUACGACAUAACGAAUGUCCUGGAAGGCAUUGGAAUACUUGAGAAGAAGUCAAAGAACAACAUUCAAUGGAAAUGCGGUUCGGCACUUACGGAAAUGAGCAAGGAUGCAAAACGAGAAGGUGACUACCUGGAGCAGAAGGAGAAUCGUUUGGACAGUCUAAUUGCUCAAAUGCGUGAGGAAUUUAAUACGCAAUUCGAGAAGAAUCGUCUUGGGUAUAUAACACGACAAGAUCUCGCCUCAAUAGACAUGUUCAAAGAUCAAUCUGUUAUAGUUAUCAAAGGACCACAGGAUGCCAAAUUAGUGAUACCAGAAAAUGGUGGUCUGGAAAUUAUGUUAAAGUCGGAAAAGGGUGAAAUAGAUGUGUUCUUAUGUCCCGAUGCGAGUUCGACGGAUAGCUCGUCGCAGUACUCAACCACGGAGCAACUGCUGAAGGACAUUAAGCCAAUGUUCACAUCAGGCUCAUAUAAUAAAUUCAUGAGUCCAAAACGAAAAUCCUUAUUUGGCUCGGCCCAGCGAAACCUCAAUCCACUGCUGGAGGGUGAAGAUGGCAAGAAGAAGAUUUUCGAUGGUAUCGAGGACUUUUCGAUGAGUGUCACUCGACCUGUUGUCACGCAGCAGGAAGCAUCGUCCAUGAUGGGCACUAAAGGCAAUACAUCGGUCCUCAGGGCGACGUAUGAGGUCAAGAGGGAGGAUAGGGUGUCUGAGGAUAGCCCCAAGAAAGAUAGGACGACACUCAAGGGGGAUGUGAAGCUGUCGUCGAGUCCCGAUGAAGGGCAAUGGAGUUUGUUCAAUGAAUACAACUUAAGUCCACACCACCUGUCUCAAGUUAAUGAAUUUGAGUCAUUCCUGUGCAUCGAACCACCUCCCCUGGAUACGGACUACAAUUUCUCAUUGGGACAAACAGAAGGACUAUCUGAUCUCUUUGAUGAUAUAAUUUAGGAGAAGAGGGACAAAGUACCGGGAGGGAACUAAAUUAUAAGACACACAUUGAGGACAACUCACCUGUUUUGCCAUUCGUUAGGAAACACCCUAUUUUUUUUGUUGUUGAAUCUUCGUCCUGAGAGUGAGAACACACACAAAAAGAAAGGAAGAGAAGAAGGAAAAAAAUAAGAGCGCAAAGCUUAGAGAUAGAAAGUGAGAAAGAAAUACCCUUAAAAAAAAACAAGAAUUAUCAAUUAGAAGUAAACAUGAAAUUGUCUCUAGGUUUUUAAGAUUUAUUAAGGUCCUUAAAAGGGAAGAUAUACAAAUUAGCCACACUUCCUGUGUAGAUAAAUGAAAGAAAAAAAAAGAGAAGAUUAAAAGAAAAAAAAACAGAGAAAAAGCUAUUGAAAGAAAAUAUUUUGUAUAUGUACAAAGUAAAAUAAUUUAUAAGUGAUUAUUAACUAGACAAUUAAAUAUUAAAAAAAAGGAAAAAUAAAAAAGAAACUAAGUGAGAAAAUAAGCAAAAGUGAAAACAUACACACACACAAAAAAAAAACAAAUAGUUAUUUAUAUUAAUUGGAAAGGAGACGCAAAAAUAUCGGUUUUUUCAGUGGAGAACACAAAAAAGGAAGGAGAAUGAGAACGAAUUGUUUUUUUUUGCAACACUAUUGCAUUGUAUAAAAAAAAAAUAAAGAAUAAAAAAAUUGUAUCUAAUUGUAAAAUGUAUAAAUUAGAAGCAACUCAUAUUUUGUACUACUAAAAAAAAAGAAGAAACAAAGAAGAAUGAUUAAACUGUUACAAAUAACGCAAGAAAUUGCACACAGAGAAAUAAGAAAUGACAAAAAAACAUCAAUUUCUGGGAUGGUACACUAAAAAAAAUAACAAAUUACGUAGGUACACCAAUAAUGCGAAUUAGAGAGCACCCCAAAAAUUGCCUGAAUUUUUUUUUGAAAAAUAUGAAAUUUUUUUCUAGAAAAGAUUUUUUAAAAAACAAGAAAAGAAAAAGCAGUAAAAGAAAAUCGCAUGAUUUCUUUUAUAUGGUAUUAAAUGAAUUGCACAAAAUGAUUUUUAAUCAGAUUAAAAGAAAAACUUUUUGUAUAAUGGAUGUGGCUAAAGGUAAAAAAAAGAACAAAGCACUGAAAAAACGGGUAAUGAAAAACAGAUUUUUUACCAUUCAAAAAAAUGUCCAAAAAUCCUUUUUUCACUUUGCACAUAAUUUUCAAUCUUUUUUCCAAAAUAAUUUCUUUUUUUUUGUUCAUUUAAUAUCCCGAUUGUUCUAUUUGAUGUUUGUUUUUUUCUUUCUCGCAAAUUUACCCAUAUUACAAUUAUUUAAUUAAAGCAAAAAUCCACGUUUUUAUUUCUGUAAGAAGCAAACAAAAAAAUGCAAACAGUCUAAAAUAUGAAUUUAAAAGAAAAAGAAAAUUGAAAAGCUCGACAAAUGGAAGAUACAAGAAAAAAAAAGAACUGAGUAUUGAAAGAAGCAAAGUUGCAAUUUAUUGUUAAUAUUUUUUUUUAAAUAAUAAAUUAGUAUUUUUAUUCUGAC